UCAGCUGAAUGAAGGGACGCCAUGUCUACCCUGGACACAAUGUAUCAUUUUCCCUAACAAGAUGCAUAAUUAGAGUAGAAUUGCAUCUUGUUACAUUGUUAAGCUGUUUGUAGAGGAGAGUUUUUAUUCUGGGAAUAAACUGGAUAUAAUAUAAAUGAUAAAUGCUAGAGAGACUUAGUAAAUAGAAAAUCAUGGACCUUUAAAACUGCUGAUGAACACAGGCCUGUCAGCCAGGCUGAUGAUGUUACAGGUACCUGGAUUGUCAUGUCACCUUUGACAGCCAGCCAUGACACAGGUACCUCUGAAAAGUCAUGUGACCUUUAGAAUGUGGUGAUGUCACAGAUGCCUUUGUGAUGUCAUAUAACAAUUGAUUCUAGCUUUCUGCAGCCUGACUUUCGGCCAUAUUUCUUCAUCACUUGACGGGUGAAGGCGACUUUUACUUGCGCUCAGCAAAUUUUGGUUUUGUUCAAAGAGGGCCUGUUAGCCAAGCCGUUCCAAGUGUCAUCAUGGAACGCGCUGAAGGCGCACAGGACCUUUCUCAGCCUAGUGACAUCUAUGGGCUGAACAUGGAGGUUCCAAAGAAUCUUCCCCAAAAAAGAAAAAGGAAGAGAAAGAGGAGAGUUCAGCCGCCAAAUAAGAGGAGGAGAAUAGAAACAUCAGAGAAGGCGAAAGAUGGCGGCAAAGAAAAAAUGAUCAAGGCUUCGAAAAGACCUGGAAGCCCUAUACAGGAGAGUAUCCUAAAAAAGAGGAAGAGGGGAGAAAAGACAGGGGGAAAAGCUGAAGAUGGACCCAGCACGUCCUAUAACACUGAGAUGGAACAGCUGUCAGUGACAACCCCAGCAGAAACCCCCAUCAUUGUGACUGGACUGGAAAGCUUCACCUUCCAUAAAUUUCUUGGAGAGGGUGCUUUUGGUAAAGUCAUGCUGGCCACACAUCCCGACUGCCAACAACAACUGGCAGUGAAGCUGGUGAAGAAGAGGGUCCUGCUUCAGAACUUUAGAAACAACGUUCUGAUUGAGCGACAGGUCCUGGAGGUGACUGGGAAAAGUCCACUAUUCACCCACGCUUAUGCCACCUUCCAGACCAAGGACUAUGCCUUCUUCAUCAUGGAGUUUCUCAGCGGAGGAGACCUAGGUGACCUCAUACAUGCCAAAGCCCCAUUUACCAUUCCAGUCACCAGAUUUUUUGCAGCUGAGAUCAUCUGUGGGCUGCAGUUUCUCCAUAACAGAGGCAUCAUACAUAGAGACAUAAAACCAGACAACAUCUUAAUGGACAGCGCCGGUCACUUGAAGAUUGGCGAUUUCGGUCUUGCCGUGAUGAACAUCUUUGGGGAAAGGAAGAUCUCACAAUAUGCCGGAACUCUUAGCUACAUGGCACCCGAGAUUCUUCUGGAGAAGCCCUACAACACGGCAGUGGACUGGUUCUCAGCUGGUGUGACGAUAUAUGAGAUGGCUACUGGCAAAUAUCCAUUCUCUGCCAGUAUAUUUCCUGAAAAAAUUCAGAAGUCACUGAUCAACGAUGUUCCCACCUACCCAAAACGACUCGACCCACAAGCCAGAGACCUCAUAGAGAGGCUCUUAAUCAAGUCACCAGAGAGUCGCCAGUUAGCGGUAUGUAACAUCAGGGAACAUCCAUUUUUCAUGGACAUCGAGUGGACAGAUAUAGAGGAAGCAGCAGCUUGUCCACCAUUCCAACCAGGACCACUACCAGUGAUGACAUCGAAAAAAAUAAAUGAUGUCCUAUCCUCCACCGAAGCCAAUAAGCCACCAAUGGCCGAUAAAGAUCAAAAGCUAUUCUGUGGAUUCACUUUUGCCAAUGCCAGAUGGCAGGUCAUAAAGCCAAUACAAGAACCUGUCAUACGUCAUCGCAGAACAUUUGGCAGGAUUGUGAGAGAGAUCGUCCACAGGAUCUGGAGGAGGAUAAACCACUGGAAGUGA